UCCAAGAACUCGUCCGCCACCACCGCCCUAAUUCCUAAAUCAUCACUCUCACUCCCUUUCCCCCAAUUUCGCCCCCCUGGAUCGCCUCGUUCACCCGCCGGAAGGGGUGCGGGUGGCGGCAUCUCGAAGGCCGGCGGGCGCUGGUCCGACGGUAUUUAUCUCUCGAAGGCCACCAGGCGACGGUCGGACGUAAAUUCCAGGAUAGCCUGUAUCUAUAAAGAAGCAGGUGAAUGUUGUCUGCUGUGUAUCAUCACUCUGCAUAUCCUGUGAGAUUGUGGAAGUCUGUGAAAACCUACAGUUUUGUGCGCCUAUUCUAGAAUGCCAGGCUUACCUUUGGCAGUUCGUGAGACCAUGAAUCAAGGUUGCAGUUGCAGCCAAUCACGGACUGAUCAGAUGUGCCGUCAGCAGUCUCGAGUUCGAUUGACACCUGAGGAGCAACUUGCAGCUGAAGAAAGUCUUUCUGUAUACUGUAAACCUGUUGAGCUUUAUAAUAUACUUCAGCGUAGGGCAAUACGAAAUCCUUCAUUUCUUCAGAGAUGUUUGCAGUACAAGAUACAGGCAAAGCGCAAAAGGAGAAUUCAAAUAACCAUUUCACUGGUUGGAAGUCUGAACACUGAAAUAGAACAUCAUAUGUUUCCUUUCUACGUGCUGUUAGCUAUACCUGUUGCUGACACUGCAAUUGCAGAGCAUUCUGCAGUGUACCGACUCAGUCGCCCUUGUGUCCUAGCUAAUUUCAUCGAGUUUGGAAAGAAGGAUCAAACUGAAGCCUCUUUUGUUAUUCCUGAGAUUAAGAAAUUGACAACUGAUGCACGAUUUAGAAAUCUCAGCAUUAUCAUUAUCAGCAAAGGGAAAUCAAAAUGUGGUUCUGGUGAUAAUCAUCUAUUGAACGAAUAUGAACAAUGGUCUUCUUUUCUUAAACUUGAAGGAAAUUGCCUUUGGGGAAAAAUACCAGUUGAUUCACUUUGUUUAUCAUUGGAGCAGUGUGUGACAUUGAGCUUAGGCCAUCGAACUGAUAUACGUUCAGCUGUUAAUAUGCAACCAAGCAUUUUGGAGCCUAAAUAUUUGGGCAGGAAUGACUGCAUUUUUAUUCAAACUCAAAGUAUAGAUUCGGCAAGUACUUUCCAACUUCAAGUCAGCAUAUAUGCUCAAGAGGUUGGAGCAAGUGAGACAUCUCCCUAUGACUUUUACUCAUAUGAUGAUAUUCCAACAUCAUCUUUACCUCACAUUAUCAGAUUGAGAACGGGGAAUGUACUGUUUAACUAUAGAUACUACAACAAUAUGCUGCAAAAGACUGAAGUUACGGAGGACUUCUCUUGUCCUUUUUGUUUAGUGAAGUCUGCGAGCUUUAAGGGUCUUAGAUGUCACUUGAAUUCUUCCCAUGACCUUUUCAAUUUUGAGUUUUGGGUAACUGAAGAAUAUCAGGCUGUGAAUGUUUCUGUGAGGACUGAUAUCUGGAGAUCUGAGGUUGUAUCUGAUGGAGUUGAUCCAAGGCUGCAAACAUUUUCCUAUUGUAACAGCUCGAACAUCAAGAGACGUAGAAGAUCUAAAAAUAGUGUCCAGACAGCAAAUCAUGUACAUCCACAUGUUGGCUCACCUGAAGCAGCCCAAGAAGGUUCUCAUGGAGAUUAUGAUAACAAAGAUAAUGGCACAUGUUCCUCUCAAAGACCUCAUGUGUAUAUAGCAGAUGCUUCACUUACGAAUGGAUGUCAUGAUGGUGGUUCUUACAAAGAUGAAGGAAAAAAACUUAAAUCACUAUUCCGUGAAACUCACUUGCUCCCAGUGAGACAUAAAUAUGAAAGCUUUAGUUCACAGAAUCAUGCUCAAGAGUACACAAGACCUAUGUUAUCUGGCCCUGAUACGACAGGUGUUUGUGGUGCUACAACUCAAGCUUCUACAAGCAAUGAUUUUGCUCAACAAGCAUCUGCAACCAAUCUAGUAUCACAGAAUAUGCUGCAGUUUGCAAAGAUGCGGAGGAUAUCUGAUGAGCGGGCUGACCCCAGAAAUCGCGCACUGCUACAAAAACGUCAGUUCUUUCACUCUCAUAGAGCUCAGCCAAUGGCAUUGGAGCAAGUAUUUUCAGAUCGGGACAGUGAAGAUGAAGUUGACGAUGACAUUGCUGAUUUUGAAGAUAGGAGGAUGCUUGAUGAUUUUGUGGAUGUGACAAAGGAUGAGAAACAAAUUAUGCAUCUGUGGAAUUCUUUUGUCAGGAAACAAAGGGUUCUAGCUGAUGGUCAUAUUCCAUGGGCGUGUGAGGCGUUUUCGCAGCUUCAUGGGCAAGAUCUUGCACGAUCUCCGGCUUUAAUGUG